CUUUCCUCCCAUACAAAAAAAAACAUCCUAGUAUACUCAAAGCACGAAAUGACACCAGACCGGACAACUAUCCCGAUCCGGUCCAGUCCCGGGUCUCAAACUCCCCGGUCUCAAACUCAACCCAUGAAGCGUCACCAUUCAGCUAGCUACUAUGCUCACCGGGUCAAAGAAAGUCUCUCAACCCGUAUAUCCAAAUUCAUCUGCGCAAUGUUCCUCUUGGUCCUAUUCUUCAUAGGCAUCAUUGGUUUCAUCCUCUGGCUCAGCUUACGCCCUCACCGACCACGGUUCCACAUCCAAGACUUCGUGGUCCAAGGUCUCGACCAGCCUACAGGAUUCGAGAACGCGAGAGUUGCUUUCAACGUAACCAUAUAUAACCCUAACCAACACAUGGGCGUAUUCUUUGAUUCCAUGGACGGUUUCAUCUACUACAAAGAUCAGCGGGUCGGGUCAAGCCCAUUGCUAAGCCCGUUUUUCCAGCAGCCGACUAACACAACGAUAGUGAGUGGGACUCUUACAGGAGCUUCUUUAACGGUGAAUAGUAACCGUUGGACUGAGUUUAGUAACGAUCGAGCUCUAGGCACGGUGACGUUUACGCUUGAUAUAGUUUCAGUUAUUCGGUUUAAACUGUCUAGGUGGAUUAGUAGGCACCACAGGAUGCAUGCUAAUUGCAAUAUAGUGGUUGGACCGAACGGUUUGAUCAUGCCCAAGUUUAACCAUAAACGGUGUCCUGUCUACUUCACUUAGAUUGAUUGAUUUGUUAUUUGUUGUUUUAUCUUUUGUAUUUUACUUUUCCUUUUGAUUGAUUUUAAAUUCUUGUAAUUUGGAUUUGAGAGUGUAUGAAAACAUAAGAUAAUGUUUGGUUA